AGACCCUGUCUUCGCUCACUACCCCUCGCCCACCCGUUUCGGUUCCUCUAUCCAUCGGUACAGAAAAUUGAACAUCUUCAUUAUCUUCAGUCGGUUUAAAGAAAUUGUGGAUCUAGGUAUAGCAUAUGCAGUAAAUAGGAAUCGUAAUCGUUUCAAAUUGGACAUUCAAAUGCACCGCAGCCACGGUAGUGCGAGGAAUAGCACUUCUAGUAUCGUCAUCUAGUGCCAGGUGUCAAGGAGUGGCGGAACAAAAGCUCUCAUCAAUGUUUUUCCUGGUUGUAGUACGUAACGAUUUCCUUUUCGCAAAAACGAUGGAGCACUUUUCUGAGUGUGUCUCUAAUUGUUCUAUGAGAUAGCGUGCUGCUCAGGUACAACUAUAAUUGACAAGAACUACGGGGACGAGAAUACUCAUAUAAAGGGCAGGGAGGAGCGAGCCAUCUACAUCUCCUGUAUGAGUAAUUCGCAACACCUGCUACACCGAGCAAAGGAACAAGGCCGCAUUUUUGCUCAUCUUGUUGAAGGAACUUGAGUAAAAAAACAAAAGUUGAGUAACUUGCUGCAAAAAUGUCGUUCGUUUCCCGUGCGGUCCAGGUGGUCACCAAUAAGGAGACCGGGAUCACCACCACACACUUCUGGGGUCCGGUCGCAAACUGGGGCCUCAGUCUCGCUGCGGUCUACGACAUGCAGUUCAGAAGCGUCGACGUGGUGAGUUACAACAUGACCGGAACCCUCUAUCAGAGUGCACGACGCCACCUGCUACCUCUCAUGAUUUGUAAAAUAGUAUAGUACCAAUAUAUAACCAAACCCACAUGAUCUUGAUCUUGCCUUGAAGCACUUUCUGCGUCACAAAUUUUGGAACCUCGAGCAGAAGUACUGAAAUUAAUCCAUAUUGGGAAUCUUUCAUGCGGUCGUGGAGGCCACAGACACUCCUACCGUUCUUGAUGGUACUGCUACUGCUGCUCAUCACCUUCCAGAGAGGGGGAGGCGGAGUUGUGCACUCUCAUACCCUCUGCGUCUACUCAUUGUUUUUCAUGCGAUUCGCAUGGAUGGUGCAGCCGAGGUGAGGAUAUAGAGAAUUGGGGUUUCCGUUUUUUUUUCUUGCUAUUGUUCUUCUGAAAAUGCAAGAGUAGUUCGUUUUUCUCCAUCCAUAGCUAGACGAAGAAGCAGAACACCAAAAACUCAAAAAACUUUGACUUUCAGAAACUACAUUCUGCUUGCGUGCCACGCAUUUAACGAGGCCGCACAGUGCACGCAGCUGGUUCGCAAGUGGAAUCACGACAACCAGAAAGCGGCCAUAUCCGGCGGCACCGCCGCCGCCACCGCGGGGCAGUCGCUCGCUAUGGCUGCGGGCGGCGGAAGCCAGUCCUCCUGGCCGGGCAUCGUCCCAAAGCUGCAGGCGCAGGUAUGAAGCAAUAUUUUGUUUCGAAAAUGCUCCAGCACAACGACCAUCGAUCGCCUAGAGGAAAAGUCAAGUAUUGACUACUGCGCAUGAGGGCACGAUAGCACAGCAUGGUCUUCAAGAAUUUAUGUGACCGUAUACUUACUUAAAGUAUAUUUGUUGAACAGCGUAAAAUAAAAAGUACCGCAAUUAUACUUCUAGGAAACAACCCUACUACUCUUCACUUUCCAGGUUCUAAAAAUGCCUAUGCCUUCGGCCUUGCACACGUUUCUCGCGCACCCUGCGGGCCCCUUUACCAUUCACUUUUGGGCGCCCACCUUCAAAUGGAACCUGAGUAUCGCCAAUCUGGUCGACUACGCAAGGCCCAUCGAUCAGGUGUCGACCGCCCAACAGCUCGCGCUGGCGUCCACCGGAGUCAUUUGGACCAGGUACCUGCUACUUUUAUCUUUAUGGAAUGAUUUUGCCAUUCUUCAAAACCUUGAAAUUAUUUGCACGUGCAUGCAAUGAAUAAAGAGCAGGGCCGCUCGCUUCUGCCAGGCAUGGAUGUACUGUCGCGCUGCUGGUACAAGUACUAUCAAAUUUCAUCUAUCAUUGUCAUUCAUACGACCUCCUACAGGUGGAGUUUCGUGAUCACGCCUGUCAAUUACAACCUAGCAGCGGUGAACACCGCUCUCGCGGGGUCCUCCCUCUAUCACCUGAUGCGGAAAACCUACUACGACCCUUUUCCGUCCGCGUCUUCCAGCAAAGCGCCACCUGUCUAG